CCCAAUCAUGUAAUAAUUAUACACACAGUGGUGCACAUGAAUUGUUUCACCACCACAUGACCUCUCCAAAGACCUUACUAUAAAUGUAGCAUCAGCAUUAGUUCACUGCCAACUUAAUUAGAUCUUCUUCCUCUAAUAUUUGUUCCACUCUCAAGUUUAAUUUUUGGGUUUUUUUUUUUUUUGGGCUUUUCGUCCCCCAAAACCUAGGAAUGAGUCUUCUGAGCAGAAGGUUUUCUUACUCUAAGUUGGAGAUGGAAGAUCCUGAAGAAGUAAGGCGUAGAAGAGCUCAAUUCUUGAUUUACAAGACUCUUCAACGAGCAGAUUCGCCAAGAAGAAGGCCAUCAUGGUUGAAGGUUAAAACCAGCAAGUUGAAGAUUAGAAUUGGGAAGAGAUUAAAGCGACUGAGAAAGAGCAUUUUGUCCACCAUAUCUAAUGCUGAAGCUGGUUUGCAUAAGCAACUUAUCUCUCAUUUAAAAGCUUUCAAGUGUUUGCUUCGUAGUGAAGAGGCUUCCAUCCUUCCCUGUAAUUGAUGUAGGACGGCGAUUGGAGAGUGCUAAACGGGACACCUUUCUAAUUUCUACAGUUCAAA